GUCACGCCUCGUCUCCGUUUCUCUCUCUUUAGCUCUGGUAGUGGAGGGGGGAGAGAGAGAGAGAGGCGGGAAGAAGAGAAUGGGGGUGGCGUCGGAGAGCGCUUUCCCUUUCGCCUCGACGAAGCUCGCGACGUCUCCGCGCUUCUGUAGCUCGAUCAGUAGGAGGAUAUUUUCUGAUGUUGUUGGGGAUAUAACAAUUUAUGUGGAUGGCCAAUCAUUUUUGUUGCACAAGUUCCCUCUGGUUUCUCGGAGUGGGAAAAUUCGCAAGAUGAUAGUGGAAUCCAAGGAUACAGAUCCUUCUAUGUUGGAGCUUGUCAACGUACCUGGGGGAGCCCCAGCAUUUGAACUUGCUGCAAAAUUCUGCUACGGAACAAACAUUGAAAUCACUACCAGCAAUGUGGCCCAUCUCCGAUGCAUUGCUGAGUAUCUAGAAAUGACAGAAGAUUACCAGGAGGAAAACUUAAUUGCCCGGACAGAGACCUACUUGAAUGAGAUUGUGAUGCAAAGCCUUGAGAGGUCACUCAAAGUUUUAUGUGCUUGCGAUGGUUUGCAUCCCACUGUGGAGGAGCUUGGUAUACUGGACAGAUGUGUGGAUGCAAUUGCCAUAAAUGCAAGCAAGGAGCAGCUGGUUUCUGGUUUAGCCCGCUUAGAAUGCGAUGCUGGAUCUGGGAAGUUCAAAAUGGAUGGUCAGGACUGGUGGGCCGAAGAUCUUUCGGUGCUACGGCUCGAUCUUUAUCAGCGAGUUAUUGCUGCCAUGAGGAGGACCGGGGUGAGAUCGGAUAGCAUUACCACUUCAAUUGUGCACUAUGCACAAACCUCUCUAAAGGGUAUUGAAAGACAUCAAGGUUGGGAUUCUAGUGCUUUUUUGGGAGACAAGCAGAGAGUGAUCAUAGAAACACUUGUUGGUAUCUUAGCAACAGAGAAGAUUACCUCUGUUCCUCUGUCCUUCCUGUUUGGGAUGCUAAGGAUGGCAAUAGAGGUGAAUGCAGGUCAUGGCUGUAGGCUUGAGCUUGAGAGGAGGAUUAGUUUCCAGUUGGAAAUGGCUUCACUUGAUGACCUGCUCAUUCCUUCAUUGCAGACGAGUGAUUCAGUGUUUGAUGUUGAUACCGUCCAUCGUAUACUGGUGACUUUCCUGCAGAGGAUUGAAGAUGAAGAUUCUGAAGAGUCAUUGCAGUGUGGAUAUGAAUCUGAAGGUCUCAAGUCCCCAAGUCAUAGUUCAGUUCUGAAAGUGGGGAGGCUUAUGGAUGGGUAUCUUGCAGAAAUUGCACCAGAUCCACACCUCAAAUUGCCAAAGUUUAUGGCUAUUAUUGAACUAUUGCCAGAUUAUGCUCGUGUAAUUGAUGAUGGACUCUACAGAGCAAUUGAUAUAUACCUGAAGGCCCAUCCAUCCAUGACAGAGUCGGAGUGCAAGAAGCUGUGCAAGCUCAUUGACUGCCAGAAGCUCUCCCAAGAAGCCUCCAACCACGCUGCCCAAAACGACCGCCUCCCUGUCCAGAUGGUCGUCCGCGUCCUCUACUUCGAACAGCUACGCCUCAAGUCUGCCCUCUCAGGGAACUCGGUUGACAGGUCCUUCUCUCAGAGGAUGAUUAGCAGCAGCGGGGCUCCAAGUUCUGCAGUGUCGCCCAGGGACAAUUAUGCUUGUUUGAGGAGGGAGAACAGAGAGCUUAAGCUAGAGAUCUCCAGGAUGCGAGUGAGGCUCAGUGAGUUGGAGAAGGAACAGGCGUUCAUGAAGCAGGGGAUGAGGGAUGGUAGAACAGGGGAACAUUGUAGAGCAUUCCUUGCAUCCCUCUCUCGUGGGAUAGGCCGGAUAGCGAUGCUCGGCCCUGCCACGGGAAAACAGCAAAGGAGCACGAGCAAGUCAGAGGCAUCACAAGGGAAGAGCCGUAGGCGGCAUCAGCAAUUAGUCUCAUCAUAGAAUUUCCACUGGAGUUUUAAAUUUUGUGAGAAACUAUGUUUGCCUAGUUAUAUUAUGAGUACACAUACAGCUCGGCAGUUUGUUCGCUGUAUGACCUGGGAAAUGAGAGUUUGGCUGUAAGGAGGCAGAUAUGGACAUCUUAGUAGUGCUCAUAUCAUACCUGAAACUACUGUUGGUGGAUCGGUUUACAAUGAAAGAAAAGGACUGCCGUUGAGACUUCCGGGUCUAGAGUCCUGGAACCG